AGAACAUCAGCCUCCGAGAGGGGGAGACGGUGACUGUGGAGGGCCUGGGGGGGCCUGACCCGCUGCCCCUGGCCAACCAGUCUUUCUUACUGAGGGGCCAAGUCAUCCGUAGCCCCACCCACCAAGCAGCACUGAGGUUCCAGAGCCUCCCACCACCUGCUGGGCCUGGCACCUUCCAUUUCCACUACCAAGCCGCCUGCGGUGGAGUGACCCGCAACGCCACCACGGGCCGCCUCAUCUCCCCGGGCUUCCCGGGCAACUACAGCCACAAUCUCACCUGCCACUGGCUGCUUGAGGCCCCGGAAGGCCAGCGGCUGCACUUGCACUUCGAGAAGGUUUCCCUGGCGGAGGAUGACGACCGGCUCAUCAUCCGCAACGGAGACAACGUGGAGGCCCCUCCAGUGUAUGACUCCUACGAGGUGGAGUACCUGCCCAUCGAGGGGCUGCUCAGCUCCGGCCGACACUUCUUCGUGGAGCUCAGCACGGAUAGCAGUGGGGCAGCGGCGGGCAUGGCCCUGCGCUAUGAGGCCUUCCAGCAGGGCCACUGCUAUGAGCCCUUUGUCAAAUACGGCAACUUCAGCAGCAGCGCCCCCUCCUACCCCGUGGGCACCACCGUGGAGUUCAGCUGCGACCCUGGCUACACCUUGGAGCAGGGCUCUAUCAUCAUCGAGUGCAUUGACCCCCACGACCCCCAGUGGAAUGAGACAGAGCCAGCCUGCCGAGCUGUGUGCAGUGGGGAGAUCACAGACUCCGCUGGUGUGGUGCUCUCCCCCAACUGGCCGGAGCCUUACAGCCGCGGGCAGGACUGCAUCUGGGGCGUGCACGUGGAAGAGGACAAGCGCGUCCUGCUGGACGUCCGAGUGCUGCGCAUAGGCCCUGGUGAUGUGCUCACCUUCUAUGAUGGGGAUGACCUGACGGCCCGGGUCCUGGGCCAGUACUCGGGGCCCCGUGGCCACUUCAAGCUCUUUACCUCCAUGGCUGACGUCACCAUACAGUUCCAGUCAGACCCUGGGGCUUCGGUGCUGGGCUACCAACAGGGCUUUGUCAUCCACUUCUUUGAGGUGCCCCGCAAUGACACAUGUCCGGAGCUACCUGAGAUCCCCAAUGGCUGGAAGAGCCCAUCUCAGCCUGAGCUGGUACAUGGCACGGUCGUCACUUACCAGUGCUACCCUGGCUACCAGGUGGUAGGAUCCAGUGUCCUCAUGUGCCAGUGGGACCUAACCUGGAGUGAGGACCUGCCUUCCUGCCAGAGAGUGACUUCCUGCCAUGACCCUGGGGAUGUAGAGCACAGCCGACGCCUCAUAUCUAGCCCCAAAUUUCCCGUGGGGGCCACCGUGCGGUAUAUCUGCGACCAGGGUUUUGUACUGACUGGUAGUGCCAUCCUCACCUGCCAUGACCGUCAAGCCAGCAGCCCCAAGUGGAGCGACCGGGCCCCCAAGUGUCUCUUGCAACAGCUCAAGCCAUGCCACGGCCUCAGCGCCCCAGAGAAUGGUGCCCACAGUCCAGAGAAGCGGCUUCACCCAGCAGGGGCUACUGUCCACUUCUCAUGUGCCCCAGGCUAUGUGCUGAAGGGCCAAGCCAGCAUCAAGUGUGUGCCCGGACACCCUUCACAUUGGAGUGACCCCCCACCCAUCUGUAGGGCUGCCUCUCUGGAUGGGUUCUACAGCGGCCGCAGCCUGGAUGUUGCCAAGGCACCUGCUGCCUCCAGCACCCUGGACGCCGCCCACAUUGCAGCCGCCAUUUUCUUGCCACUGGUGCUGAUGGCACUCUUGGUGGGAGGCGUGUACCUCUACUUCUCUAGGCUCCAGGGGAAAAGCCCCCUGCGGCUGCCCCGGACACGACCCCGCCCCUAUGACCGCAUUACUGUGGAAUCAGCAUUUGACAAUCCAACUUACGAGACUGGAUCUCUUUACUUUGCAGGAGACGAAAGAAUAUGAAGUCUCCAUCUAGGUGGGGACAGCUUGGAGAAGCCAGCUCAGCCCAGCAUCACAGCCCAGCAGCAGAGUUUCCAGCUUCCUGCUGUCCCUACACCUCCUGUACAUACCAUCUGGGAAGGGACGCCACCAAUCCCUCAAGAACUUGUGCCCUUCCCCACCUGCAAUGCCCACCAGGGCCUAUUUUCUCGGUACCACUGCCCACAUAGGGCCCUUCCUUGGGUUCAAGUCAGGGGGCAUCUUCCUCUGGGCAGAGCACAGCUGGAGCACGUGCAUCAAGAACCAGCAUUCUCCUGACCUUCCUUCAUGCCCUGGACCUCUAGCCUGGAAUUCAAAAGCAGAGGAAGAGCACCUCUCUCCAGGCUGACCACCAUCCAGCCUGGUAUGUGGCACCCUGCAGCAGGGUGAACUUGAUGGUGGUGGAAACUGCACCAGGAUGCUCCUCACAGGGCCAUCACCAGUGGCCAAAACUGCUGUCGACAGUGACCUCUGGGUAGUCCUGGCACGAUGACAUCAGCCCCUCGGAGAGGUUUCUCGUCCUUCUCUAAGGCCCCAGGAAUGGACAGUUCUGCUUCCUGGAGGCAAUAAUUCUAAGGGACCCUAAGGGGUUUAGGGACGCUACCCCAAGCUCAGGUUGGGCUUCCCUAGGCACUCAUGCUCCACACCAAAGCAGGACACCCCACUCUGCCCAUGCAGCCCUAUAUGCCAGGGAGAGGGAGACCUUCCCCUGAUGUUGAUCCGGCUUUACAAACAUCUUCUUUCCCACUAGUCCCUCCCCCAACCCCAGCCACCCAGCAGUCUCCCUUCCUGGCCACUGGGUUUUGGGAUAAGGGGAGUGGGCAGGCAUAUUCUGGAGAGGAGCAGAGGUCCAAGGGCCCAGGAAUUUGGCAUGGAACAGGGGGUUAGAGACCCAGAGAGAGACCCAGGAGUUGGCUACAGGCCACUUUGUACAUGUAAUGUAUUAUAUGGGGUCUGGGCUCCAGCCAGAGAACAAUCUUCUAUUUCUGUUGUUUCCUUAUUAAAACAGUGUUUUUGGAGAAAAAAAAAAAAA